UGCAUUGUCAGCAGCAUGGGCUUCGCCAGGCAGAUACAGCUCUUGCUCUGGAAGAACUGGACCCUGCGGAAGAGGCAAAAGAUUCGCUUUGCGGUGGAACUGGUGUGGCCUUUAUCCUUAUUUCUGGUCUUGAUCUGGCUAAGGAAUGCCAACCCGCUCUACAGUCAACAUGAAUGCCAUUUUCCCAACAAGGCGAUGCCCUCAGCAGGAAUGCUGCCGUGGCUCCAGGGGAUUUUCUGCAAUGUGAACAAUCCCUGUUUUAAAAAUCCCACCCCAGGGGAAUCUCCUGGAAUUGUGUCCAACUAUAACAACUCCAUCUUGGCAAGGGUGUAUCGAGAUUUUCAAGAACUCCUCAGGGACGCACCAGAGAGCCAGCACCUUGGCCGUGUUUGGACAGAGCUCCGCACCUUGUCCCAGUUCAUGAACACCCUGAGGACUCACCCAGAGAGAAUGGCAGGAAAAGGAAUACGAGUUCGGGAUAUCUUGAAAGAUGAAGAGACAUUGGUGUUAUUUCUCAAGAGGAACAUUGGCCUGUCUGACUCAGUGACUCACCUUCUGGUCAACUCCCAAGUCCGUCCAGAGCAGUUUGCUCAUGGAGUCCCAGACCUGGCACUGAAGGACAUCGCCUGCAGCGAGGCCCUGCUGAUACGCUUCCUCAUCUUCAGCCAGCGGCAUGGCGCUCAGACUGUGCGAGGAGCCCUGUGUCCCCUCUCCCAGGGCACCCUGCAGUGGAUGGAGGACACGCUGUAUGCCAAUGUGGACUUCUUCAAGCUCUUCCGCGUGCUACCCACUCUCCUAGACAGCAGUUCUGAAGGUAUCGAUCUGAGAUCCUGGGGAAGAAUAUUAUCAGACAUAUCACCCAGAAUUCAAGAAUUUGUCCAUCAGCCGAGCGUGCAAGACUUACUGUGGACAACCAGGCCCCUCAUACAACACAACGGGCCCCAGAGCGUCAUGCAGCUGAUGGCCAUCCUGGCCAACCUGCUGUGUGGCUACCCCGAGGGAGGAGGCUCUCGUGUGUUCUCCUUCAACUGGUAUGAAGACAACAACUAUAAGGCCUUCCUGGGCAUUGACUCUGCCAGGAAAGAUCCUGUCUACACCUAUGACAAAAGAACAACAUCCUUUUGCAAUGCAUUGAUCCAGAGCCUGGAGUCAAACCCUUUAACCAAAAUAGCCUGGAGGGCAGCAAAGCCUCUGCUGAUGGGAAAAAUCCUUUUCACUCCUGAUUCCCCAGCAGCGCGAAGGAUUCUCAAGAAUGCCAACUCAACCUUCGAAGAACUGGAGCGCCUUAGGAAGCUGGUCAAAGCCUGGGAAGAAGUAGGGCCCCAGAUCUGGUACUUCUUUGACAAGAGCCCACAGAUGAACAUGAUCCGAGACACGUUGCGGAACCCAGCAGUGAGAGACUUCCUGGCUAGGCAGCUUGGCGAAGAAAGCAUUGCUGCCGAAGCCCUGCUUAAUUUCCUCCACGAAGGGCCUCGAGAGAGCUGGGCUGAUGACACGGGCAGCUUGCACUGGAUGGAUCUCUUCAACAUCACUGACCACACACUACGCCUAGUGCACCGAUACCUGGAGUGUUUGGUCCUGGAUAAGUUUGAGAGCUACGAUGACGAAAUUCAGCUCACCCACCGGGCCCUGUCCCUGCUGGAGGAGAACAGGUUCUGGGCUGGUGUGGUAUUCCCAGACAUGUAUCCCUGGACCAGUUCCCUGCCACCCCACGUCAAGUACAAGAUUCGGAUGGACAUCGAUGUGGUGGAGAAGACCAACAAGAUCAAAGACAGGUACUGGGAUUCUGGGCCCCGAGCUGAUCCCGUGGAAGACUUCCGCUACAUCUGGGGAGGCUUUGCCUAUCUGCAGGACAUGGUGGAACAGGGGAUCACAAGGAGUCAGGCCCCCGCAGCAGCACCACUUGGCGUUUACCUGCAGCAGAUGCCCUACCCCUGCUUCGUGGACGACUCUUUUAUGAUCAUCCUGAACCGCUGUUUCCCUAUCUUCAUGGUGCUGGCGUGGAUUUUCUCUGUCUCCAUGACAGUCAAGGGCAUCGUCUUGGAAAAGGAACUGAGAUUGAAAGAGACCUUAAAAAACCAGGGUGUCUCCAACGCGGUGAUUUGGUGCACGUGGUUCCUGGACAGCUUCUGUAUUAUGUCAAUGAGCAUCUUCCUGCUGACACUGUUCAUCAUGCAUGGGAGAAUCCUGCACUACAGCGAUCCGUUCAUCCUCUUCCUGUUCCUACUGGCUUUCUCCACGGCCACAAUCAUGCAGUGCUUCCUGCUUAGCACCUUCUUCUCCAAGGCCAGCCUGGCAGCAGCCUGCAGUGGCGUCAUCUACUUCACCCUCUACCUGCCCCAUAUCCUGUGCUUCGCCUGGCAGGACCGUCUGACAGCAGAGCUGAAGAUGGCCGUGAGUCUGCUUUCUCCUGUAGCCUUUGGGUUUGGCACUGAGUACCUGGUUCGCUUUGAAGAGCAAGGUCUGGGGCUGCAGUGGAGCAACAUUGCGAACAGUCCCAUGGAAGGGGAUGAAUUCAGCUUCCUGCUCUCCAUGAAGAUGAUGCUCCUUGAUGCUGCUCUGUAUGGCUUGCUUGCUUGGUACCUGGACCAGGUGUUCCCAGGAGACUAUGGCACCCCACUUCCUUGGUACUUCCUUCUACAAGAGUCCUAUUGGCUUGGUGGUGAAGGGUGUUCAACCAGAGAGGAAAGAGCCCUGGAAAAGACAGAGCCCAUCACAGAGGAGAUGGAAGAUCCGGGACACCCAGGAGGAACAAAAGACUCCUUCUUUGAACGUGAGCAUCCAGGCUUGGUUCCUGGGGUGUGUGUGAAGAACCUGGUGAAGGUUUUUGAGCCCUUUGGCCGGCCAGCUGUGGACUGCCUUAACAUCACCUUCUAUGAGAACCAGAUCACUGCCUUCCUUGGGCACAACGGAGCCGGGAAGACCACCACCUUGUCCAUCCUGACGGGUCUGUUGCCACCAACAUCGGGGACGGUGCUCGUUGGGGGGAAGGACAUUGAAACCAGCCUGGAUGCCAUCCGGCAGAGCCUCGGGAUGUGUCCACAGCACAACAUCCUCUUCCAUCACCUCACAGUGGCAGAGCACAUCCUGUUCUAUGCACAACUGAAGGGGAGGUCCUGGGAGGAGGCCCAGCUGGAGAUGGAAGCCAUGCUAGAGGACACAGGCCUCCACCACAAGAGGAACGAGGAAGCCCAAGAUCUCUCAGGUGGCAUGCAGAGGAAGCUGUCCGUCGCCAUUGCCUUUGUGGGAGAGGCUAAGGUGGUUGUCCUGGACGAGCCCACCUCUGGGGUGGACCCCUACUCUAGACGCUCCAUCUGGGAUCUGCUCCUGAAAUACCGCCCAGGCAGGACCAUCAUCAUGUCCACUCACCAUAUGGACGAGGCAGACCUUCUUGGGGACCGCAUCGCCAUCAUCUCCCAAGGGAGGCUCUACUGCUCAGGCACGCCCCUCUUCCUCAAGAACUGCCUCGGCACGGGCUUCUACUUGACUUUGGUGCGCAGGAUGAAGACCAUGCAGAGCCAAGGCGGCUGCUGUGAGGCCACCUGCCGCUGUGCAUCCAGGGGCGUCUCCCGCAGGUGUUCGGCCCGCAACAACGAGAUGGCCUUUGAUCAAACACUGGAUGGGGAUGUGGAUGAGCUGGUGGACGUGGUUUGCCACCACGUUCCAGAGGCCAAGCUGGUGGAAUGCAUCGGUCAAGAGCUGAUCUUCCUGCUUCCAAAUAAGAAUUUCAAGCAGAGAGCAUAUGCCAGCCUCUUCCGAGAACUGGAGGAGACGCUGGCUGACCUGGGGCUCAGCAGCUUUGGAAUUUCUGACACUCCCCUGGAAGAGAUUUUUCUGAAGGUCACAGAGGAUGCUGAUUCGGGCCUGUUUACUGGUGACCCUCAGCAUAAAAGGGUGCCCGGCAGCCUACGGCAUCCCGGUUUGGGUUCCAGCGAGAAGGCGGCAGCAGAGGGAGAGGCUGCCCAGGCCACAGCCCCCUCCGAGGACCCACCCUCCCCAGAUCCUGAGGGCGUCGGUGUCCCUCUCAACAGGGGCACGCGACUCAUCGUGCAGCAGGUGCAGGCGCUGUUGAUCAAGCGCUUCCACCAUGCUGUCCGCAGCCACAAGGACUUUCUGGCUCAGAUUGUUCUCCCAGCCACAUUCGUGUGUCUGGCCCUGAUGCUGUCCAUCAUUGUGCCUCCUUUUGGUGAAUACCCCGCCUUGACCCUUCACCCCUGGAUGUACGGGCAGCAGUACACCUUCUUCAGCAUGGACGAGCCAGGCAGCCAGCCCCUCACCACCCUGAUGGACAUCCUCCUGAACAAGCCAGGCUUUGGCACCCGCUGUCUGAAGGAAGAGGGGACCCUGGACUAUUCCUGUGGCAACUCAACCCCCUGGAAGACUCCUGCUGUGUCCCCGAACAUCACCCAUAUCCUCCAGAAGCACACUUGGACUCCAGACAAUCCCUCACCUUCGUGCAGGUGCAGCACCAGGGAGAAGCUCACCAUGCUGCCCGAGUGCCCAGAGGGUGCUGGGGGUCUGCCGCCCCCACAGAGAACACAGCGCAGUGGAGAAGUCCUCCAGGACCUUAGCAACAGGAACAUCUCCGACUACUUGGUGAAGACGUAUCCUGCGCUCAUAAGAAGCAGCUUGAAGAGCAAAUUCUGGGUCAACGAACAGAGGUAUGGAGGGAUCUCCAUCGGAGGAAAGCUCCCGGCAGUCCCUGUCACCGGGACAACACUUGUUGCUUUCUUAAGCGACCUUGGCCAUUUAAUGAAUGUGAGCGGGGGCCCUGUCACCAGAGAGGCUGCUAAAGACAUGGCUGAUUUUCUUAAACAUCUGGAAACAGAAGACAACAUUAAGGUGUGGUUUAACAACAAAGGCUGGCACGCCCUGGUCAGCUUUCUGAACGUGGCCCACAAUGCCAUCCUACGAGCCAGCCUGCACCAGGACAGGAACCCUGAGGAGUAUGGCAUCACAGCUGUCAGCCAGCCGCUGAACCUGACCAAGGAGCAGCUCUCAGAGAUCACAGUACUGACCACUUCAGUGGAUGCCUUGGUUGCCAUCUGCGUGAUUUUUGCCAUGUCCUUCGUUCCUGCCAGCUUCGUCCUUUAUUUGAUCCAGGAGAGAGUAAGCAAAGCCAAGCACCUCCAGUUUAUCAACGGCGUGAGCCCCACUACCUACUGGCUUACCAACUUCCUCUGGGACAUUAUGAAUUAUGCCGUGAGUGCUGGCCUGGUGGUGUGCAUCUUCAUUGGGUUUCAGAAGAAAGCUUACACUUCUCCAGACAACCUUCCUGCCCUCAUUGCACUACUCAUGCUGUACGGGUGGGCAGUCAUCCCCAUGAUGUACCCGGCAUCCUUCCUGUUUGAUAUCCCCAGCACAGCUUACGUGGCUCUGUCCUGUGCAAAUCUGUUCAUCGGCAUCAACAGCAGUGCCAUCACCUUCAUCUUGGAACUGUUUGAGAAUAACCAGACGCUGCUCAGGUUCAACGCCAUGCUACGGAAGCUGCUCAUUGUCUUCCCCCAUUUCUGCCUGGGCCGGGGCCUCAUUGACCUGGCACUGAGCCAGGCUGUGACGGACGUCUAUGCCCGGUUCGGGGAGGAGCACUCUGCAAAUCCGUUCCAGUGGGACAUGAUUGGGAAGAACCUGGUUGCCAUGGCAGCAGAAGGAGUUGUGUAUUUCCUCCUGACGCUCUUCAUCCAGCACCACUUCUUCCUCACCCGCUGGAUUGCUGAGCCUGUGAAGGAGCCCAUUGUUGACGAAGAUGACGACGUGGCUGAAGAAAGAAAAAGGAUUACCAGUGGAAGAAAUAAAACUGAUAUCUUAAGGUUAAAUGAACUAACCAAGAUUUAUUCAGGCACCUCCAGCCCGGCAGUGGAUAGGCUGUGUGUGGGAGUCCGCCCUGGAGAGUGCUUUGGCCUCCUGGGAGUCAAUGGUGCCGGCAAAACAACCACAUUCAAGAUGCUCACAGGUGACACCACAGUGACCUCAGGUGAUGCCACCGUAGCGGGCAAAAGUAUCUUAACCAACAUUUCCGACGUCCACCAGAAUAUGGGCUACUGCCCUCAGUUUGAUGCGAUCGAUGACCUGCUCACGGGCCGAGAACAUCUUUACCUUUACGCCCGGCUCCGAGGGGUACCAGCAGAAGAAAUUGGAAAGGUUACAAACUGGUGCAUUCAGAGCCUGGGCUUGUCCCUCUACGUGGACCGCCUGGCCGGCACAUACAGCGGGGGCAACAAGCGGAAGCUCUCCACUGCCAUCGCACUCCUUGGACACCCGCCACUGGUGCUGCUGGAUGAGCCCACCACAGGGAUGGAUCCCCAGGCACGCCGCAUGCUGUGGAACACCAUUGUGAGCAUCAUCCAAGAAGGGAGAGCCGUGGUCCUCACAUCCCACAGCAUGGAAGAGUGUGAGGCACUGUGCACCCGGCUGGCCAUCAUGGUGAGGGGCACUUUUCAGUGUCUGGGCACCAUUCAGCACCUCAAGUACAAGUUUGGAGAUGGCUACAUUGUCACAAUGAAAAUCAGAUGCCCAAAGGAUGAUGUGCUUCCAGACCUGAAUCCCGUGGAGCAGUUCUUCCAGGGGAACUUCCCAGGCAGCGUGCAGAGGGAGAGGCAUUACAACAUGCUCCAGUACCAGGUCUCCUCCUCCUCCCUGGCCAGGAUCUUCCAGCUGCUCGUCUCCCACAAGGACAGUCUGUGCAUCGAGGAGUACUCAGUCACACAGACCACACUGGACCAGGUGUUUGUGAACUUUGCUAAGCAGCAGACUGAAAUUCAUGACCUACCUCUGCACCCUCGAGCUGCUGGAGCCAACCAACAAGCCAAGAGACCGGGCAGUCAGAACUGCCUAUGUGGACAUGUGUCCAUAGAAGGUUUACUUGCUGAAAUUGUUCAGGCAGUUUUCCUUGAUAGAUCCUCAGUUGCUGUCAUUGAUAGCAGUCAAAAAUUAGUCUUUGAGGAUCACUUGCCUUGA